AUGGUCCGCCGCCGCCGCCGUCUCGCGUCCCCCGUCAUGCCGUUCCCGGCGCCUGCGCCGCCGCUGGACAACGACGACCUCCUCCGUGAGAUCCUACUCCUCCUCCCCCCGCAACCGUCCUCCCUCCUCCGCGCCUCCGUGGUCUGCAAGCGCUGGCGCCGCCUCGUCUCGGAUCCGGGUUUCCGCCGCCGCUUCCGCGCGCACCACCGGAAGCCCCCAAUCCUCGGCUGCUUCUACUUCGACCAAGAUGUCGGUUACGUCUUCACUCCCACGCUGGACUCGCCCGACCGCAUCCCGGCCGCGCGUUUCUCCCUGCCGCAGCGCUGCCGCGACGAGGGGUUGGACUUGGACUUCGUGGAAUGCCAUCACGGCCUCGCCCUUUUCCUCAACAAGAAACAACCCGAGGCCGUCGUGUGGAACCCCAUCUCCGGUCGCCAGCACCGAGUAGCUUUUCCACCAGAGUUCGGCAACGCUAGAGAGAGGGAGAUCCUAUGCGCGGCGGUGCUCUGCGCUGCUGGUGAUGACGACCCUGGCCAUGUGCACGCAUUGUUUUCUUGGAGAAAGUCCAGCGUCCUGGUUGGGAAUGCACUUUACUGGUGGUGUUGCCAGAUUGAAGGUUGCAUUCUUGAGUUUGAUUUUAAAAUGCAGAAGCUUGUUACAAUUGAGAAGCCAGUAGACGACGGUUGUUCUGACUAUCAGAUCAUGCGGACAGAGGAAAGUAGUCUUGGACUCAUCAUCUUGACAGAACUGACCAUGCAGUUAUGGAAGCGGAAGGUCAGUUCUGAUGAUGUUGCUACAUGGGUCCUUCAGAAAACCAUUGAACUGACAAUGCACCUUUGGCCAAGACAGUCCGUCCAGGUCUUCUGGACCAGGAUACAUGGGUACGAGGAGGAUCACUAUGUGAUAUUUCUGGGGACAUCUAGUGGUUCUUUCAUGAUUCAACUCGACUCAAUGCAGUUCAAUAACCGAUUCCAGUUCAACUCCAUCUUCACCUAUUUUCCCUACACAAGCUUUUAUGCUGCAGACUGGGCAGCUGGUGGUAGAGAUGAUGGAACUGAAAUGUCAAGCAGUACAUCACCUAAUUGUCCUAUCAGAUAA